CUACGUCAGGUCGUCCGGUCCGCUCGGUAAAGAUGUCUGCGACGGGUUCAGGCGGACCAGGACCCGGACCAGGACCCGCCACGGGUUCAGGGUCCGGGGCCUCAAACCCCCGAAAGUUUAGCGAGAAGAUCGCCCUCCACACCCAGCGACAAGCCGAGGAGACGGCCGCCUUCCAGGAGGUCAUGAUGGACAUCACCUCGACCAGGCUGCAGGCCCAGAAGAUCCGCCUCGCCCGGAACCAGGGGCCGUACUACGGAGGUUCCUUACCCAACGUAAACCAGAUCGGCAGGAACCCGCACGACUUCCAGGGCUCCUUCCAGUCCGGCUUGGAGUCCAGCCGCUCGACCCGACAUCACGGCCUGGUGGAGAGGGUCCAGAGGGACCGCCGCUUCGUCUCGCCCGUCCGACCGUACCGAAACCGCCAAGUGGACAAUUCUCUGUACAACUCGGCCUACCUGUCCCCGCCUCCCGAUGCCAGCUGGAGAAGGAACUGGUCUGGAAACUUCCCCGGAGAUAAAAGCCAGUUGUUCCGUCUUCCCACCACAGCACUCAACAGGACCAACUCCGACUCAGCCCUCCACACCAGCGUGAUGAACCCCCCCAUGGGAGACCCCUUCGCCAUGGGAGGACCCGCCUUCAACCCUCAGAGCGGCAGACGCAGCGGUCAGAGCGACGCAGAGAACCGAAGAAUGUUCCCCUAUCCGGUUCCUCCGAUCGAAGAGAACGUCCUGGAUGAGGACAAACUGCUCAAACCCUGGGACCUUAAGAAGCUUUCGUCUUCGGCAUCUCGACCCAAGUCCUGCGAGGUUCCAGGCAUCAAUAUCUUUUCGUCCCCGGAGCAGCCGUCCACGCCGGUCCAAGGCGUCCCUCAGAUUCCCAGCACCGGCGGCUCGCUCCCCGACCUGUCCAGCCUCCACUUCCCCUCACCGCUUCCCACGCCGCUGGACCAGGAUGAGCCCAGUUACCCAGGACCCUCCCCUCUGAGCGGGGGCAGCAGCACAGGGAACCUGGCCUCCACCCUCACCCAGCUGGGCAUCACCGCCGCCAACGCAGCGGGAGGAAACGGCAGCUAUCACCACCCAUCGCCAGGGCUCCUGGCGUCGUUACAGAGCACGCUCAGUAACCCCAACCUGCAGUCGUCGCUGAGCAACCCCAACAUCCAGUCGUCCCUCAGCAGCCACUCCUUCUCCAACUCUCUAAGCUCCUCCUCCCUUCACUCGUCCCUCAGCAACCCAUCGCUGCAGUCGUCGCUCAGUUCCUCCCCCUCCAUGCCCCCGUCCCUAAGCAACCAAUCGCUGCAGUCGUCCCUCAGUAACUCCUCCCUCCAGUCGGGAAGUAACUCGAGCUACGGCGGCGGAGUGGGUGUGGCUGGAUCAGGCCCCUCCCCCUACACAGGGAUGCUCGCCGGUCAGGGCCAGCCGUCCCUCAGCACGUCGCCGCGGAGACGAGCCCAGCUGUCCCCGCUCAUCCUGCCGAUGGUGGGGGAGUCACGGAGGCAUCACUCCAAACAGUUCUCCCCCACCAUCUCCCCCACCCUGUCCUCCAUCUCACAGGGCGUCCCUCUGGACACCAGCAAGCUGCCUUUGGACCAGCGCCUCCCUCCGUACCCGCUCAGCCAGUCCCACCAGCACCAGCCCGGCUCCCAGUCUGGACAGCAGGCCCAUUCUCUGGGUCAGCACCGCCUCCAGCAGCCAAGAUCAAACGCCCAGCAGCAGCAGCAGCUCCACCUGCAGAACCUGCGGAACCAGCACCUUCAGCAGCACUUUGGAUCGCCUCAGAGGCCCAUGGGAACGCAGCAGAACACGGGGGUGAAGUCGGAGGGCGCUGUGGAGCCGUGCAUCCAGACGUCUUCUCUGUGCCGGGUCAAAGCGGACCUGGAGCAGCGGGUUGGUGGUUCUCCUCAGCAGCAGCAGCAGCAGCAGCAGAUCAACCUGAACACAGACUUCUACAACGAUGCCUUGUUCAGCUCCCUGCUGGAUGACCCGUACCUGAGCCUGCAGCUCUCAGGAAAACCCGGUCAGCAGUUCACAGCUGAGAACCCAGCAGACGGUCUUUCCCUGAACCACAGCGGACUGAGCCAGAACCACUGCGGACUGGGCCAGAACCAGUACCCCUCCAACAGCCAGGGGCCCCUGGAUCUGCAGGAACCCGGGGACCAGCAGCAGCAGCAGCUCAACAACCAGAACCAGAACUACAGCGGCGACGGCCGGCAGCACGUUCCCAACAUCAUCCUCACAGGGGACUCUCCCACAGGCCUGUCCAAGGAGAUCGCCAGCGCUCUGUCCCACGUGCCGGGCUUCGAGAUGGACCCGUUCUCUCUGGACGAGCAGCUCCGGAUGGACCCGCUGUCCCUGGACAUGCUGGAGGGGGACCUGAUGCUGGCCGACCCGGCCGUGGAGGACUCGUUCCGGUCCGACCGGCUCAAGUGAACGGUGCCGCCCCUCCCCCCUCCUACCCCACCCACCCAGAGCUGAGGUCAAAGGUCGGAGGUCAAGAUGGAUUCUGAUUCCUGUCAGCGCCUCAGCGUGGUGCCGGAGCGCCUCCGACCCCAACCAGCAGCGCUUCGAGGAGCUUUCUUAUGCAUGCAGUCGGCUCUGGGCGCCGACCCGGCCCGACCCGACCCGGCCCAUCAGCCACUUUAACAGGAACUCAGCCAUGGAGUCCAACGGGGUUCUGACUGCGACGCCUCAGCAGAUCACCGGGUUCCUGCAGUUCUAAGUGCCAUUUCAGAACCCGCCUAGAGCAGGUUCUGCCUGACAAACUGGUUCUGUUUCCCCCUCCAGAACAGGCCCGGCAGCAGCCCAGGAAGUCCGCAGGCCGGUUCUCCUCUCUUACUGCUCUGCUGAAAACUAGGUCACCCGCUGAUCCAGACGGAUCAGAACCUUCGAUUCAAACAGAGACCCGGCUUUCUGCCCCGCCUGACGUUAUUAGAACCCGGCAGCCCGACCAGAACACGCAGUCUGGGCUCGGCUUCGGUCUUUACUGAGAACAGGAAGUUAAUCAGGAGCUUUUAUUUUGAAAAUGUUAGAAAAACUGAUCUACAGUCCUGUGGUUCUGAACCAGGUGAGGCUCGGCCCACUAACAGUUGAUCCUCCAGAACUCUCUGGUUGGUUUUACACCCUUUUUUGUUCUGAGAGGAGAAUGGGGCGGUCCGGUUCUGCUUCAGGGUCCAGUUCCCUCACCUCAGAACCAAACGGCUGAAAGGAUGGAAACUGACUGCGGUCCAAACGUCUGAGGCGUAGCGUUACCGGACCGCCCUGAACCCGGUUCUACUGAACCUUUCAGAAAGCCUGCAGAACCGGCGAUCCAAACCGCAGUCUGGAUCGGGUUCACCCGGGACCGUCUGGGUCAGAAACAUAUCGAUGCCGAUACUUAUCGCCUUACUUUAGGAGAAACCGGGUCACAGAAAUCUAGUUUGGAUCAACUAGAAUCUAGAUCUUGUUCAACCAGACUAGAACCUCACCGGUUCUGUGAGGUCCACUUUAGAUCCAAGCCCACAUUCCCCCGGACCGCGUCCAGAACCCUGGUGCUGGUCGGCUGCAGCGACGAGCCGUUAGCUGCGGUGGUACCGUGUCCCGGAACCAGGAAGAUUCUGGUCCGUUUCAUCCGAACCCGACACGAAUCCUCCUGGUUCCGACAGAACCAGCGGUCCAUCGGACUUUUGCACUUUGAAAGAAAAAAAACUUAAAAUUAUUUAGAAAUAUUGAGAUUAUAUUUUUGUUGAGAUUUCAGCCAAUCGGAGGCCUCCUCUGGUUACAGGGCACUUUCCCUUAGCCCCGCCCACUCACUGUGAUUGGCCACGCCCCUCUGCUUGCUGCUGCGCCACUUCUUCAGCCAUAUUGUUUCUGUAACAUGUAAAUACGUUUGUUUUAUGGGGUUCCGAUCCGAUAAAAAGUUACGUUCCUCCUCCCUGACCGGUCCUGACGGCUCCGGUUCCUGAUUCAGCUGGGAAAGGUUCCGAUCCGAUCCUGAAGUUCAGACGUACUCUGACCCGUUCAUGAUUCACUAGAACCCCUCUGGUUUCAAUUUACCGUCCAUUUCCUCUGAUCCAAUCUGGGUCUGAACUUUACAUACACCUUGACCAAUAUUGGACCGGUCUUUGGAGCAGAACUAGUAGAGCUUCUUUAAACGGGUCGGAUUCCUGCAUCUGGUCCAUAGAUUCCCCACAGGGAUGAGCUGAUUGGGUUUGGACCUGGUGGUUCCGUGGUUGGUCAUUAAGGUCCGGACUAAUUCGCAUUCAUCCGGGUUACCGUUUGGGUUUCUUCCACACUAGAACCCGUUUCUGGUUUUGGUUCUAACAUGAAACCAGCUCACCCAGAUGAUCCGAAUGGUUCUGGAAGUGGAACCAGUCAGUGGUUCUGAUGCGUGUGUACAGCUCUGAGUGCUGCCCCCUGCAGACCAGAGCUGAUGGAACCCGAACCAAAAGCUCAGACCAUUAAAGUCUCUGAUCCGGUCCGUUUGGACUUGCCUCUGCGGUUCUUCUCAGUCUACAGAUUCCUUCUCUCUGUUGGUGAAUCAGAACCGUCCGUUUAAAGAGGAAUUGGUUUCAUUCUCUUAAAGGAAAAGUUCGGUCAGCGAGAAAUAAUCAAUGGAUCAUUAAUUAUCCCUAAAACAAAUACGUUUGCG